CUGUUGUGUAGAACGGGUGGCCAGUCAGGUCCGAGUAUCAUUUUAUUCUAUUUUCUCAUAUGUCAGUAAAGACGUUGAUGCCGCCAAUAUUUGUACUACCAAGAUACAGCGAAUGCCAACCCAUAUACAUUCCCACAUUCUCAAUAUCGCCAAUGCAAUGCUUUCCCAUCGCGCUCAGAAAAGCUUGAACUGGCUGGCUGAAGAGAUUCCCUCUGUCCCAGUAUGGCCAGAGGGCGUGCUUGCCAUGAACUCAGCAGAGAACUGGCUUUGCCGUCCAGAUAUUAUUCCACUCAUGAAGAAGGCCAUAGCGGACAACCUUGAAGCCUCGCAUCUCUCCUACUCGAAAAACCUCGGUGGGCCGCCGGAUCUUCUCGAAAAUACAGCCUCUUUCUUCAAUAGAUUCUUCAGUCCGCGAAGUCCUGUCCUGCCCAGCCAUAUCGUCUGUGGUGCUGGCGCUGGGUCCAUCCUCGACUGUCUUGACUUUUCGCUCAGUGAGCUUGAUGAAGGCAUGCUGAUUAACGCGCCAUGUUGGGAGGGCUUUGGGAUAGCAAGUCAUCUGCGAAACGAUGAUCGGUUGAUACCAGUCACGAUACCAGUUGGGCUUUCGUCCCCGGAGCAGCUCAUCAAGCUUUAUCUCAAAGCAAUGGAAGCUGCGACAUGUCGCAUACGCGGUAUCAUUGUUUGCAACCCCAUGAACCCUUCCGGGCACAUCUAUCCUACCCAUUGGUUGGAAGCGAUCCUUCAGUUCUGUGAAGAGCAGGAUAUUCAAUACAUCGCGGAUGAGAUUUACGGCAUGUCGGCGUGGGAGCUACAACAACCAAAGACCCUAAAAACAUUUUCUGAAAAAGGGCCCAUUGUUUUUGAGUCCCCAGAGACAAAGUUUACUUCCGUCUUAUCUCUGGAUAUGGAGCGACUUAAAGUAAAUCCGGCUCGCAUACAUGUUGUCUACGCAUUGAGCAAAGACCUGGGGAGCAGUGGUCUCCGACUGGGCUUCCUCGUGACACAGAAGAACCCCGAGCUUCGCAAUGCAAUGGCCAUUCUGAACAGGUACCGAGUCUCCAAUGCCACAUCUGUGAUUGCCUCCAGUCUUUUCUCGGACCUUUUAGUCCUAGAGCACAUCCUCGUUCGCAAUAGAAUGCUUCUCCGCAAUGCCGCAGAGCUCGUUGGGGAUUUUUUAUCCUUCCACCGCUUUACCUUCUAUCGCCCAGUAGCAGGAGUCUUUAUAUGGACUCGUCUUGGUGGGGAGACAGCAACAGAGGUUUCGGAUGCAGAGCUUAUGGAGAGUUUUGCAUCUGCGAAAGUUUCUGUUGCUAGCGGUGUGCCCUUCCAUGCUAGAGAUAGAGGAUGGUUCCGAAUCACGUUUGCACUUCCUCGUGAGCAAUUGCUCGAGGGACUGCAGCGCAUAGAGAGGGCGAUGACUUUGAAGCGUACAUGGAGGCCUUCGAAUGAUAUGGAAGUCGCGAGGUUUGUAUCUGUCCAGAGGCAGAAUCUGAUGAAGCCCAAGGGCGCUGGAUGUCUGGUCAUGUAGCGGUGUAUGUUCGGGGUUGAUCAUUAGUAUUACUAUACUUGUGCUGAGAAUCGUUGCAAUCGAGGUUUAUUCUGUUGAGACAAGAUGCUUCACUCGAGUGAGGCCUCUGGAUUUGCUUAUACGUCUGUUCGACUGCUUUGUACUCAGAUAUGCAUAUUAACCUGAACAAUUACCAACGACAUAUCAUGA